GACACCAACUCGCCUGGUGCAGGAUCUAGGAAGGCCAGCACUUUGUUCUCGUCGUCGAAAGACUUUCCGUACUAACCAAAGCUGUCCCCAAAUGCAAGAGGGCCGACGAUGGCCGAUACCUCUGGCACAGUUCUAGCAUUUUUUGCCUAAUCUUGGGUCCUGCUCCAACGAAACUUUGCGCCAAGGAAGAAGACCUUUGCCAUCAAGAUUGCCACGGAGUGGGAGAUUUUGUUCUCGCGCUGCAUGGCCGAAAGGCGCAAAGAGAGUCGGUGCAAGUGCAAAAGGCUAGUCGAUUGCGUGAACCCAUUUCGUAUUUUGGUUGGGAACUAUAUUGGGUAGAGUUUUCUUUCUGUGAGGCUGCCUGUCGAUAGCCAUGGCCGAGUGCAGUGAAUCCUACGAUUCGGAGAUUUCGGUACACGGAUCAGCCAGUGCUUCGUCCGAGCGGGACGACUACAUGGUGCUUGAUAUGCUGAACGUCGACGAGGAUGCCGGCACGGAGGUACUUGAUGAUCACCUGGAUAGAGAGCUCGAAGGGCUGACACUACGUGGCCCUUCUGUAAGCAGUGAAAGCCGCGUGGAAGAACGACGACUCAGGCAUGCUCACUUCGACACGCCUGCGUUCGCACCAGCCACUCCGCACCGAGAACCAGCCGAAGACGGAGACAGCGGCCUCGGUAGUGUCCUUUCCACCAUUUCACUGGCCCUGCCAGAGUGUGACGCUGAUGAAGCUGUCGCUACCGUACUGGCAGAAGGUGAAGGCGCAGCCUCAGAUUCCGUCACACUAAACCGCUGGAUACACGAGGGCGGUGAAGAAACGGCGAGUCGACUGGACGUUGCUAAUCCGAUCAAUGUAAAUCUAGAGCUAUCUUCAUCGGAUCAGACAUCCGUUCUUGCCAGUGAUGGAUCUGGAACGCGACCAGAAUUCAAGGGUAAUCCUGGCAAACGAUUUGUGCGCGUCAAAACCUCGACAGGCCUUUCCACAGUGAAGGAAGUCUCUGAUUCGGUCACGGCUGAAUCGAAUACCACUCCAACGGAAAUAUCACGCCGGGAGGAGCUACGGCGCGAGCGAAUGCAGAAGCUCCUGGAGGAGAAGAAAGCCGGCAUUGAAGAGCUGAACAGGUUGAUGCGACUGGCCCAAAGUGUGGACGUGUGUUUCAUGGUGGACAGUACAGGAAGCAUGCAGAGCUGGAUUGAUGGAGUCAAAAAGAACAUUCAUGCUCUCUACGAUCGAAUCCAGAAAGUCUACAAGAAGAGCUGUCACAUGCGUGCGGCUUUCAUCGCGUACACAGACUUUGACGUAGCAGAAAGCGAACGUGUGAAGGUUUUUGAGUUCAACCUCUACCCGCAGGAGUUCUACCGAUUUGUUGAUAGCGUCAAGGCCCAUGGUGGCGGUGACACAGCGGAGGAUAUCAUGGGAGCAUUUCACGCCAUGUUCACAAAGCUCUCCUGGAGGCCAGAUGUGACAAAGCUACUCAUCCACAUUGCUGAUGCUCCCUGCCAUGGUAAACAGUACCACAACGGCGUCAGUGAUAGCAACCCUGAGGGAGAUCCAAACCGCCGCACACAUGAUGAAAUGAUGCGGAAAAUGGCGGAGAACAAGAUCCAGUACUUCUUUGGCAAGAUCAACGAUAGUACCGACAAAAUGAUUGGAAUCUUUGAGCAGGCCCUACAGAUCAGCUCCAGGGGUGACCUUUCGAUCACAACGUUCAGCAGCGUCGACCCAAGCUGUGGGGAUUUCCUCGAGUCGCUGGAGACUGCCAUCAAGUGCAGCGUACAGCACUCCAUGGCGGCGGCGCACUGCAAAACGGAGCGCCCGGAGUGCAGGCUACUGGACAAGACACUGCCGAAGGACUUUCACGGUGUGCAAGAUCGUCCGGGCACUGCUGUGCGUUUUCACAUGCCCAAGUCCAUCGACGCACUCAUGGACGGUGCCGGUAUACAGAUCGACAAGUACAAAGUCAUCAUUCGAGCAGCAGCACGCCCCUUCGCCAAGGGCUCGGCACGCCUGGCUUUUCAUGGUGUGGAGCGAGUCCACAAGAAGCGCGUAGUCCUGAAGAGCAGCAAGUUCGAAGAGGUCAUGUACAACCGCUACAAGCGCUACCUGGAGGACGCCGAAGUGCAAACCGUUGCGGCCAAGUUUCUCUCGGAUUUCAAGAAAGCACUUCCAGCGCCGUACAAGGACCGAUAUCGCAUGCACAUGAUUGUCUCCAAGGUGGUCGCAUUCGACAACGCCGCCAGCGAAGGUACAAAGUACAUGGCCAUGGAGCCAUUGCUGCCGCCAGCCGAUUACGAGAAGUUCACCAAUAACUACGACGUACAGCCCUCGGACACGCCGUUCCUGGAGACCUUGCAGGCUCUCAGUCACUGGAGCUGGGUGAUUUCCAAGGAGAGAAUGAUGCUGGUCGACCUGCAGGGCGUGCCCAAGGACGGCAUCAUCUACCUCACCGAUCCAGCUAUCCACUCCAAGAACCUGCUGCAGUUCGGCUACGGCACCAACCUUGGCGUGCAAGGCAUGAUCAAAUUCUUUGAGGCGCACCGCUGCAAUGAUAUCUGCCGAGCGUUUGGCUUCAAACCCAACCCAAUGGUAUGAUGCCCCUAGGAGAGCAGCUAGUAAUUAUCAUAAUGUACAUAUGACAAUGAUGGUGAUCAAUGAUUAUCAUACUCACUCCAGGAAUACAUGCAUGUUGAACUGUCUCUGCUAGGAUGAUGACUCAACCCUUGCUUACUUCUAUGUAGAGUAUCACUGGCCGAAGGUGAGGGUACCUCGUUCAAGUUCUGGUCGAAGUUUUCUGCAGAUUUAUUUUCCCUUUUUCCCUCCCUUAAACUCUUGAACACUGAUUCCAGCUGAUAAACCCUACAAUAAACUCAAGGCUCAUAGUGACACCGUGGGAUGACCUUGGGUAUUGUUUUACAUGCUACAGUGGACACAUGUACAGUUUGUACCUUCCUGACCAUGCUCUUUUUAGUUAAAUUUCUUUUUAAUCAUUAAUUUUACGGUAGAUGAAGAGCUGUGUUUGGCCUUUUGGAGCUGAGUUCUUUUCAAAAUGUCAGUAUUAUAUGACCUUGAUGGACUACAAUAUGUUAACAUAUAAAGCAGUAGAAGACAAUGCUUAGGGGGCAUGGGUCCAAUCUGAAGCUGCUUGAUGCAUGGUGCUACUGCCACAGCGAACAUGCCGCAACGGCCAUUUCUGUUUCCAUAAUAUCUUGAUGAACACAGUCA